AUUAAAAGAAUUUAUGGUUUAACGGUCAUAGUGUGCAACCAAUACAUAUAUUGUGAGUAAACGAACAUUCAUGGAUGGGGGUAGAAAAAAAUAGAGAGAAAGGUAGUGCACCCCAGAAGAGCGACAAAAGAGAAGGGGAGGAGUUCCAGUCUCACAUACUACUUGGCUUAUGCGAGGACGAAAAAGGGAGGCGUAUCGAGUUAGGCGGAGAAGUCGGAAGCAACUCGAUCGGAGUCAGUCGUUUGCGGCACAUCAACGCAUAGUGAUCGGUAUCGCGUAGACUUGACGAUUUUCCUCAUUUAAAUUUUAUCCUCCUGUUGAUUUAAGUAUUGUCGGAAAUAUUUUUAUUUGAAAUAAAAAAUAAAACAGAAAAAGUAAUAUAUAGAAGAAGUGAGGAUUUAUUUUACGACCUUGAAACAUUAUAAGAAAAUGGGUUCAAACGAGAAGACCAUCAGGUGUCGUCCUGAGGCCAAGCGACCCGUGGGAGGACCGUUGUUCCGCUCUGUUGAAUCGUGAAACCACCCUUGCGUUGGAUCGCAUUCAACGAAGAGACCAAUUGUGAACUGUGACCACUGCUGGCACGCGUUAGAAAGGAAGACACCCCCCCCCCUAUUUCUUAAGACCUUUUCUUAUUCUCCUAUGUGGUUCUUUUUUUCAACGACAACGCACGUUAUAUAAACUUUUUACUCUUCGUUAUGAGAAAAGAAAAUUAAAAAGUUAUACGAGAUUAAACGCAUUAAUCAAAAAUAGAAAAAUACAAAAUGAAUACCUUCAAGAGAUAUCGAAGCAAAGUAUUUUGGGAACAAAUGUCAUCGCAGGAUUUAAAAAAAAAUUCUACGAUCCGUAGAAAAGAUCCCGUUGAGGUACUUCAAUUUCCUCCUCCUCCUCCUAUCGAUACGGAUUAUCCUUCAGAAAACGAAGAAGAAGAAGAAAAUCGAUCCUCCAGUUUACGCGAAAGUCAUUUUACCAAUGUUGAUAACGUAACUGUCAUACACGUUUGUCCGGUAGUCAGUGAAUCGCAACAAGAUAAGACUUUCAAUGAUGCAUCGAUCCGUAAAGAAAAUCCAACAAUACUUCAAGGAGAAAAAACGGAUAUCAAUGAUGGUACACACGAAAACGAAGGAAACACCAUAGUUUCAGAGAACAGAUCCCUCAGUCCUCUCAGUCAGGAUCUGAAGAGUUUAGAUUCUGGUUUCUCUGACUCCGAACGAUCUAAUUGCUCGCAAACUUUAGAAGAUGAAAGUCCUCAGAGACGUAGAAGACGACGUAAAAAAGCUAAGGAAAGAAAUCGUAGAAUUCGACAUAAAAUUGGUUCGCUUUGGCUCGAGAAGGAUUUAAUACCACGACCGACUUGUACUUCGACUCCGAAAGAUCCCAAAACACGAAAUUUUCAACGGGACAAAAGAACGAAGAUCAUGGUGAGUGGUUUGCCUAGUCUUUCAUCUAGCUCGUUAGAAGACGAAUCAUUAAAUUCUACAAAAGUAACAACAAAAAAUUCAACAAAUUUCUCGUACGAUUUAUUCGUCAAUUUUCCUAAUAACAUUGAUGGCGAGAUUGCACCGCCAGUAAAGACAUGGUUAAAUGACCUGACAACAGAAACGUCGAACGAAUGUUAUAUCGCUCUUCAAAGUAAGAGUUUACCACGGCGAAAGCACAACGAUCUGAUUUCCGAGGAGGAUCAAAUGAAAGAUUUGAAAAUAUUAUCUUCUUUGGCUACGGCAGCUGCGAGCAAGCUUCUCGUGAGAGCUGAACAAUUUUCACGUCAUUAUCAGCAUAUUUCAAAGGAGAUCUCGUAUUCGAAAAAUGGUAGAUCACAAAUGGAGUUAUUACGUGCCAUCGAAGAAAACGCUUUUCUAGUAUUAUCGAAAUUAGGAGCACCGCCACCUCGAAGAAUUCAACAAACGAACUUAAAGGGGAUUAUCAUGCAAUUAGAAAGCAUGAAAGAUUAUGUAGAUAGUGCCAUUAAUACUCGUUUAGAUUUUUAUAUCGAGAAAAUAGUAAGAUGUUUGGAAGAAACACCGAAGGAAGACAGUAGCGUGGCUAGAGGGGCUUUAGCAGCUCUAACUGCUUUAGGUUUAGCUGGAGCUCGAGCAGGCAGUAGUAUCGCGAGAUGUUCAGGAAUUAGGGCUCUCCUAACUUAUCUUAUUUCUGCCAUUAGGAAAUCAAAUGAUUACGUAGCCACGUCUCUACGCGCUCUCUCGAGCGUGUGCUGUUCGAGAACAGCAAUUGAGCACUUCGUUAAAGAUGACGGACCGGAAAUCGUGAUUGACCUCUUGUCCAGUCAAACGUCCUCGGAAAUCAACAAAAUGGAAGCUACGGCUUUGAUAGUACAGAUAACUGCACCAUGGACCAAUGCCGUAGGCUUACCACAUGUCGAACCAUUUGCGGAUACAUUAAUUAUUGCUUUAGGAAAUCUUAUUGAAAAUGCUAGUUCGGAACAAACGUUAUUGUUGACAGCUGCUGCGUUAAAUCAAAUAUCUAAAUCAAGAAAAUGCGCUGAUAUUAUAAUAAAACAAGAUACGGUUAAGAAACUAUUAAGAAGCGUGAAAAAAUCAAAUGGGGGAAACGUUUGGUUGAUGCAGCAAGUGGCUUCUCUUAUUAAUGAAUUAGCACGUUUACCAGAAGCUCGUGAAUACUUGGCUAAAGUACGAGCAUCUGUUGCAUUGGUUUGUUUCCUUAGAAUGAGACCUCUAGGUUUGGACGUAGCAUAUCAAACUUUAGAGACCACAGCUGCAGCUGCUUUGAUAAGACUUUGCGUAGAUCCAGAAAUAGCGAGACAAGUAGUUGCAGUUGGUGGUGCCGAUUGUCUUCCCACGUAUGACGUCAACUUUCUUCUCACCGAGGAUGAAGAACAAAUAGAAGCUGGACUUCUAAAGUAUACAAAAUCUUUAAGACGAGCAUGCAAGAAAGCUGUGAAACAAAUAGAUGUAGCGAGAGCACACGAUUAUUUUAAUUAAUUUAAUUAAUUAAACCCGUUCACAGGCCAAAGCGAUUGACUCCACUUUUAAAAUCUUUUUAAAUUUUAAUGCCAAAGCACUUAAUUAAUGCUUAACUUUGUAAAACCAUUUAACAACAAAAUGGAGUAUGUCUAUUGAACAAUAAAUGAUACGAUAAUAUAUUUAAUUUUAUCAAUUUUCUCUAUUUGUUAUUUUAUGGAAUUAGUCGAUUUGGAAAAUGAACGGCUCAAUUUUCAAAAUACAUUUAAUUAUAAGUGCGAAUGGUCGAAAAAAAAUUGUAAAUAAUGUAAA